GGUUUCAAGUAAAACUAUUGAAAUAUAAAAUAAUAAAGUAACCCAUAAUGUCACAGUAUGAAGACUCAAAAGAUUUUGAAGACUCUGAAGGCAGGGGUUUCAAUGAAGACACAAAUUUAGUUAAGAAAGUUAGUAACUCUAAAGGUGGAAAAUGGACAGAGGAGGAAGACAAACUUUUAAGGAGAACUAUUGAGACAUAUGGUGCUAAGAAUUGGAAAAAGAUCUGUAGCUAUAUCCCAGGAAGGACCUCUACUCAGUGUCUUCAUAGAUGGAAAAAGAUCCUUCAACCUGGACUAGUCAAAGGACCUUGGAAUAUUAAGGAAGAUCAGCUUCUUAGAAAAUGGGUUAAAGAAAAUGGACCAGCCAGAUGGUCUGAAGCUACUAGUCUUAUAAAGGGAAGAAGUGGCAAGCAAAUCCGUGAGAGAUGGUUCAAUACUCUUGAUCCCAAACUAAAGAAGGGAAACUGGAAUUCUGAAGAAGAGCAAAUACUCAUUCAGCUUGUGAUGAAGUUUGGACCAAAAUGGAGUAAACUUGUUGGGUUUUUCAGCGGAAGGACUGAAAACUCAAUUAAAAAUAGGUUGUACUGAAUUUUAAGAAAAAUAGCUAAUGAAAAGAGAAAGGCAGGUGAUAUAGAUCAUAAAUAUCUCGACCCAGAGCUCAAAGAAUUGCAAUGAACUGCCGAAGAAUUGCUAGACUUCCAAGGAGAUGCUUUGAAGAAUUAUGAACCAAAUGUUAUCACUUUACCACCCAAUCUUGAUAUUAAUCAUCCAUAUGUAUUAAUCAAUAAUACUCAAAAACGGAUGAAAACAGGAAUGAAUAGUGAACAAAUAGCGAUUCCUCAUAUCCAAAAUUCACACUCUCCGACAUAUCAUCAGACCAAUAGACUUUACGAAGCUGAGAGAGAUCAAAUGAAUCCUCAUGACUCGAGAAGAGAAAUGCACAUUCAGAGACAAAUGGAGCCUUAUGAAAGAGCAAAUUUUAUGAAUCGCAAUUCAGAGCAUUUGAAUGAGCUCAGCCAAAAUCUAGCAAAGAAGAACUACCAAAGACAUAGAAUAGAGAAUCCUCCUCCUCUUCAAUAUCCUUCUCAUUAUCCAGAGAGGUCCGGGCAUUAUCUGAGUAACAGUAUGGGAAUGUACGAGCCUAGAAGUAAUCCAUUACCGUUUCAACCCGUUGAGAGAUGCUAUAAAAAUGAACCAAUGCUAAUGAAAGAUCCUUCUCACUUCCAGAGAUUAACGGACCAUAACCAUAAUAUUGAAAAAGAGGCGUUUAUUGCCAACGAACAAAAACAGAAAGACCUCCCUAUCUCCCAAAGAACAAGAAAUAGAUCUAAGAUAGAGAUCAAGUGAGAUGAAGGUCAAGCACAAGACAUUGGUCAGGAAAAUAAGGAAGGUAGUAUCAAAGAGAAAAUAGAUCUUUAUUACUCAAGACUAAAAGACCUGAAAAGUUUAGAAAAGAUGAUUAUGGAUGAACUAGACAAGAAAAAUAGCACUUAACUCUUACAUUACUUAUCUGAUAAUUUCAAAUUGAUUAGAAGCUUUCUCUU